AUGGACCGUUACGAUCGAGGCGACGUUUUAGGUGAGGGUACGUUCGGUAUCGUGUACGCAGCCGUGCAGCGAAGCACAGGUCGAAAUGUAGCCAUUAAGCAGUUCAAGCGCGGGAAAUUCAAAGACGGGGUGAACUUUACGGCGGUGCGGGAGGUGAAGCUGCAGGCCGAGCUCAAGCAUGAGAACGUGAUGGAGCUCCUGGAUGUUUUUGUUGCACAUGACACUAUGAACGUCGUGUAUGAGCUUUUGCCAAGCAAUUUGGAUGAUGUCAUUAAAGACAAAGCAGUCGUCCUCACGGCAGCUGAUAUCAAGUCGUACAUGCAGAUGAUGCUCCAAGGUCUUGCCUAUUGCCACGAGCAUUACGUGCUACAUCGGGAUCUCAAGCCUGAGAACUUGCUCAUUGGGCCCGAUGGACGCAUUAAAAUUGGAGAUUUUGGUCUCGCACGAGUCUAUGGCAGUCCAAAUCGCAACAUGACGUCAAUGGUGUGUACGAUUUGGUACCGUCCACCUGAGCUGCUCUUUGGAGCGAGGGAAUACAGUGGAUCUGUUGAUAUGUGGGGUGCUGGCUGCAUUCUCGCCGAGCUUAUGUUGCGAACGCCGUAUCUUACAGGGAUCAACGAGCUUGACCAGCUCGGCAAGAUAUUCCACGCGCUCGGUACACCGACCGAGGAAGUGUGGCCUGGUGUGACCUCACUGGCCAACUUUGUUGAGUUCACACCGAGCGCAGCUCCUCCACUGGCCUCUAUAUUCUCCGCAGCGUCAGAGGAUGUUUUGGACCUGCUGAGCAAGUUGCUGAAGCACAAUCCUGCUGAGCGGAUCACGGCGGCCGAAGCGUUGCAGCACCCGUACUUUUCGAACUCGCCAGCACCCACACCAGUCGAGAAGCUGCCGUCGACUGCUGCAUCGCCGCAGACCUGA